GUACGUCCCCUUCACAUCCUCCGGCCACAUCCCUCUACGCCUAUCUUCCACUGCAUAUUUCACGUAUAUACGACCCUUUUAUUUAUCAGAAACUCCUUUUUCACCUCGUACUUUGUGAUUACUUACAAGAAGCUCGCGGAAAAACCUCCUGACUCCCUGAGGUGAAGUCUCACCAGAUUGUCUUAAAGGUUUGCCACCAUGCGAGGUGUGCUUGCUGUCAGGAGAUCAGUGUGCUUGGUCUCUGUGGCUAUUACUUUCGCUUUUGUCCUUGCUGUGCUCUUUGUGUUUCAUCCGAAACAUGUUGGUGAAAUCGGCAUUAAAGGUCUGGUCUUUUCCAAGGAAAAUAGCCCUGCCGUUGCUCGGAAGCUACUGCAAUCAGCUGAUGGAGGUGACAUGAACCGUAUCGGCACAGCAUGCUCAAAGAACGACAUAGUCAUCUAUCAAGGAUCAAUAGCCCCACUUCCGACUGGAAUUCCAGCAUACACGGUUCAGAUUCUCAAUACCUGCGUCUCUGGUUGCAGCAUCUCCAACAUUCACAUCAGCUGUGGGUGGUUCAGCUCAGCCCGGUUGAUAAAUCCUAGGGUGUUCAAGCGAAUCUAUUACGAUGACUGCCUCGUCAACAACGGGGAGGCUCUUGGUCCCGGAGAAAGCCUCUCCUUCCAGUAUGCUAAUAGUUUUCCUUACGGUCUAAAAGUUGCCUCGGUUGCUUGUUGUUGAAGCACAAAGUCACCGCCGCAUGAUCCCAAUAAUACCUACUUUCCGGUCUAUCAUAUGAUAUUAUAUAUAUAUAUGCAAUGUAGAUAACAAAAACGAGGACGGACUCAACUGUACUAGACCUGAAUUAUAUUGCUGUUGAAGCAUGCAGUACCAAGGCAACAUUUUAUAAA